AUGACUGAGACAGUCAUUAUUUUUGUGCUAAUCUAUGUGGACGACAUAAUAGUUACUGGUAAUAAUGUGGCUGAGUUGAAUGACUUUAUUGUCAGGCUGAACAAACAUUUCUCUCUUAAAGACUUAGGAGCACUUCAUUAUUUCUUGGGCAUAGAGGCUUACAGAGAUGAAACAGGGCUAUACCUCACGCAGACUAAAUAUAUUGCUGAGAUUUUGGACAGAUAUGACAUGUUGAAUGUGAAACCGUGCCCAACUCCUAUGAUAACUGGAAAAACGCUGUCAAAAACUGAUGGAACAAUGCUCUCAAAUCCCACAAUGUACCGCAGUGCAAUAGGAGCCUUACAAUAUUUGUGCCAUACUCGGCCAGACAUUGCAUUUGCAGUAAAUAAAUUGAGCCAGUUUCUGCAGACUCCAACAACAAGUCACUGGAGUGGAGUUAAAAGAGUCUUGCGAUAUCUAAAAGGUACAUUGCAUUAUGGACUACAUAUAAGUUACUGUGAAAGACUAAACUUAGUGGGAUAUUCUGAUGCGGAUUGGGGAUGUUGUCCCGAUGAUAGGAGGUCAAUUGCUGGUUAUUGUGUUUAUUUAGGUGAUUCACUUGUGUCGUGGUCAUCCAAGAAGCAAGCCGUUGUUUCCAGAUCGAGUACUGAAUCUGAAUAUAGAGCACUAGCACAUGUAGCCUCGGAAAUAACAUGGAUUAAGUCCUUAUUGAAGGAGUUUCAGUUCAAGCUGCUCGAAAGACCUGUUACUUGGUGUGAUAAUAUUAGUGCUAGUGCACUAGCCUCCAAUCCAGUAUACCAUGCAAGGACCGAGCAUAUUGAGAUUGAUGUUCAUUUCGUUAGGGACAAAGUGCUGAAAAAGGAACUUGAAAUCAGAUACAUCCCAACUUCAGAUCAGAUUGCAGACUGUUUAACAAAGAGUAUUACUCAAUCAAGGUUUCAGGUUCUUGUUGACAAACUUGGUGUGAAGAUCUCACCCCAUCGUUUGAGGGGUGGUGUUAAGAACCUGAAUGGUUAA